AUGGAAAUUGACUCGCAACAACAAAUCGAGGAGGAACAGAUGAAUGUGUUGGAAGUGGUGAAAAAGUACGACGCCGACGAGCGUAACGCAGCGUUGCGGUGGCUGCUGCACGUACUUAUUGCCAUCUCUGUCGGCAUUCUGGCGAUGAUAAUCUCCUACGCGGUAGAAUUCAUGGAGGUCUACCGUGCGGGAAAACUGGACAGUCUCAUUACGCAGCACCACACGAUUGGCCGUUUCAUUGGCUAUUUCUUCUUUAUUGGCGUCUCGGUGGGGCUUGUGGCAGCGGCGACAAGCGUCGUGGUGUUCUUUGAGCCAGCCGCGGCGGGCGGUGGCAUUCCGGACGUCAUUGCUUAUCUGAACGGCGUGCAGAUGCCUAAGGCGAUGAACAUUCGCACGUUUUUGGCGAAGAGCAUCUCUUGUAUGUGCGCAGUGGCUGGUGGGCUGCCGGUGGGGCUCGAGGCGCCGCUGAUUCACCUUGGCGCCAUCACAGGCGCUGGAGUGACCCAGGGCCGCAGUCGUACGCUUGGGUGCCAGACGAAACUCUUCCAGGCCUUCCGCAACAACAAAGACAGGCGAGACUUUAUUACCGCCGGCGCGGCGUGCGGUGUGAGCGCUGCGUUCGGGGCCCCAAUCGGUGGGCUGCUGUUCGUGAUGGAGGAAGUGUCAAGCUUCUGGGACCAUAGUGCGAGCGGGCAGAUCUUCCUUGCCACAAUGAUCUGUUUCACAACCAUCAGCAUGAUCCGCUCCCUGCUAGAGGAUCAGCGGCUGCUCGGGUGGGUCUCGAACGCUGUCUCCGUGCUUUUUGAGGUGAAUCUGACGAUCCCUCUGAAUCUUUUGUCGAUUGUGCCGUCCUUCUUCCUUGGUAUUCUCUGCGGAGCGCUCGCGGCUGGCUUCACCAAGGUGAAUUUAAUGCUCAUUAAGUACCGCCGCCGUCAUUUGCGCCCGUUUCUGCUGCGUCGAUUCCUUGAGCCACUUGUCAUCGUUGCGCUGUACGGUACAAUGUCGUACAUGCUCGCACUUGUGCCAGACUGCCGGCCGGUCUAUGAGAUGAAUAACACAGCCGACAUGUAUGUGUGGGGAACGGAGAACAGCACGCAACUUUUCACCGCGACUUGCGCGGGGGAGGAUUCGUACGCGCCGCUCGCAACACUGACGAUGGGAACUGGGAAGGACAUCAUCCGCCACAUGUUUUCGCGACAGACGAUGGGCGAGUUUCCAGCUGGCUACAUUCUGCUGUUCCUUAUGCUGUACAUGGUCUUUGCGUGUUGGUCGAGUGGGACGGCAGUGUCCGGCGGGUUAGUGGUGCCAAGCCUCGUCAUUGGUGCCGCGUUUGGCCGCUUGUACGGGCAGCUCCUCUGGGCAUUGCUGGUGCGUGGCGCCGGCCCUGAGCGCAGCUACUGGUUGUCACAGGCCUGGAUGGACCCCGGCGUCUUUGCGCUGAUUGGCGCCGGCGCGUUCUUUGCUGGCACCACACGCAUGACAAUGUCUAUUUGUGUCAUCAUGGUGGAGCUGUCGUCGGAGCUGCACUACCUUCUGCCGGUCAUGGUCGCCAUUGUGAUGUCCAAGACAGUGGCGGACCUUAUAAGUGAGCCACUCUAUUACCAGAUGCUGCGACUCGACUCGGUGCCGUACCUCCAGGCACACCUGCUGCGCCCGGACUUUGAGCAGCUGACAGCGGCGGACGUGAUGACGUCGAAUGUCGUAACCCUCCGCUUGCGGGAAAAAACGUCUGUUGUGAUGCAGGCACUAAGACAGACGACCCACCACGCAUUCCCAGUGGUUGAGGCGGUGCAGGAGACAAAGUCCUUUGGUGAUGAUGUUAUUGCCCGUGAACAGAAACAUGAGCAUGCGUUUACCCAUGAGGGGGAGGAAUGGGUUGAGAAGGAGCAUGUGCGUUACAAAUUUGUUGGGCUCGUCACACGCGAGGAUGUGCAAAUUUAUCUCUCACUACCUACGCUGCAAAGCGCCCAUCCACCAAACGGCUCCUCCAGUCUCCAGAGUGACAGUACAACCAUCGGCAGUCUUGCUCCUGGCGUCCUGAGCGUCAACAAAAUGUCCUGGACGGAGUGGCUGACACACAAGACGUCACUGUUCUUUGUAAUUGGUGGCAGCAAGUGGUCAGAGAUGUGGGCACGCAGCAACCGCACUGAGGUCCGUUUUGAGGAUGGCAGCGACGCGAUGAGCGGCACUAGCAUCAGUCCGUUCUUCGUGGACGAGCGCCGUCUGCCGCCCGUACUUGACUUCUCUCUAAUCGUCAAUCGCAGUCCAUGGGUGAUUCCGCCGUUUUUUAAUCUGCAGAUGGCAUACCACACAUUUCGCAUGAUGGGCCUGCGACAUAUGGUUGUCGUGGACGGUGACGCCGUGGCGGGCAUCAUUACACGCAAAGACCUCCUCGUGGAUGCGCUGCGGCGACGCGUGCGUGAACUCCAGAGUGGCAACACCACCACCACCAACAACAACAAGAGCGACGACGGCAAAAACAACAACAAUAACAACAACAACAACAACAACAAAAGUGACAAUAACAACAAUGCGGGCGAGGUAGUGAGCUCGCUACCGGUGGUACAGUCAUCUUCGUUCCUGUCCCCCAGUUUUGAUGGCAACGGGCACACACCGGAGAGGUCGCAGCCGACUAUGUUGUGGGAGCCACCCGCUGUGGCGGACCUGCUGCUUUCUGUUCAGCCACAGUAA